AGCAACGAAGUCGAAGUCAUCCCGACAGAAGAAAGUAUUGACUUAUGCGUAGCCACCAAGUCAUUCUCCUCUCUAUAUAUUUUCUCUAAAUUCACCCAUUCCCAUCACCCAAUUCACUACUAGCUUCCCGAUCAUGGCCGAAUCAACUUCAAUUCUUCUUGGGCCACCAGAAAUCUACCAAGAAUUCGCCGCCACUUCCACCGUUACGGCCGCCGACGAGGAGAAGAAGAUAAACACUGCCAACAGUGAUCCCUUCGUGGACCUUAUGGUGGAAAAUUUUAACAAGACGGUGUUCUCUAGUAAUCCAACUAUGGGCCUUACGGAGAAUCUUUCCCCGACGUUUUUCACAACGGGUAAUCCCUGUUUGGAUUUCUUCUUCCAUGUUGUUCCCGAUACUCCACCGGAAACCUUGAUUUACCGCCUGGAAUUCGCUUGGAGUCAAGAUCCAUUGAAGGCCCUUAAGCUUGUCUGCAAUCUCAGGGGAGUCCGGGGUACUGGGAAAUCUGAUAAAGAAGGCUACUACACUGCUGCGUUGUGGCUGCAUAAGCAUCACCCCAAAACUCUUGCGGGAAAUUUGGAUUCCUUGGCCAAUUUUGGGUACUUCAAGGAUUUGCCCGAGAUUCUUUUCCGACUCCUGGAAGGGGUAGAUGCACGAAAAAUAGCGAAGGAGAUGUGGAUGAAGAGGAAACGUGGCAGAAAGGGGAGGGGGAGGGGAAGGGGCAGUGGUGUAGAAAGAAAUGAAAAAACAGAGAAGACCGAGCAGAAAUCGAGCCGAGAAGAGAAGAAGAUUGCCAGGGCAAAGAGGGUUGUUGAGAGGUUCAAUCGUGAUCCUGAUUUCAAGUUCUUGCACGAUCGGGUGUCUGAUCUUUUCGCCCAGUGUUUGAAAUCGGAUUUGAAGAUGUUGAAUUCAGGGGAUGUGUAUAAAAUCAGCCUCGCCGCGAAAUGGUGCCCCUCCCUGGAUUCUUCCUUCGAUAAAAUGACACUAUUGUGUGAAACCAUCGCCAGGAAGAUGUUCCCUAGGGAGGAACAUCCAGAAUACGAAGGAAUUGAGGACGCCCAUUAUGCUUAUCGGGUGAGGGACCGUCUGAGGAAGCAAGUACUGGUUCCACUGCGUAAAUCCCUGGAAUUGCCUGAAGUUUUCAUCGGAGCCAACAAAUGGGGAUCCAUUCCUUACAGUAGAGUGGCAUCUGUUGCUAUGAAAUUCUACAAGGAGAAAUUCUUGAAGCACGAUAAGGAAAGAUUUGAGGAGUAUCUCGAGAAGGUGAAGUCUGGGAAAGCCAAAAUCGCUGCUGGUGCAUUGCUUCCUCAUGAGAUAAUUGCUUCUUUGGAUGAUGCCGAUGGCGGUCAAGUGGCCGAGCUUCAAUGGAAGAGAGUGGUGGAUGACAUGGCCCGGAAGGGAAAACUUAAUAAUUGCCUUGCAGUUUCUGAUGUUUCAGGUAGUAUGGCUGGAAUUCCAAUGAAUGUUGCUAUCGCGCUUGGGAUGUUGGUCUCGGAGUUGUGUGAAGAGCCUUGGAAAGGAAAGAUCAUCACGUUUAGCUCAGAUCCGAAGCUUCAUGCGAUCGAAGGGGAUAGCUUGCGCGAAAAAUCUGAGUUUGUUAGAAGUAUGGAUUGGGGGUAUUCUACUAACUUCCAGAAGGUAUUUGAUGUGAUACUGGAAGUUGCUGUGAAGGGAAAUCUGCCCACUGAUCGGAUGAUUAAGAGGUUGUUUGUGUUCAGUGACAUGGAAUUUGAUCAGGCCUCUGAAGUGCCUUGGGAGACUGAUUAUCAGGCGAUCGUGAGGAAGUUUACAGAGAAAGGAUAUGGAGACUGCAUCCCUGAAAUUGUAUUUUGGAAUUUGAGGGACUCGAGGGCCACACCGGUGCCAGGGAACCAGCCAGGCGUCGCGCUUGUGAGUGGGUUUUCAAAGAAUUUGAUGACUUUGUUUCUGGAGGAGGGUGGCACACUUAAUCCUGAGGCCGUCAUGGACAUGGCAAUUUCAGGUGAAGAGUAUCAGAAGCUGGUUGUGCUGGAUUAGUAAUUAACAAUGUCCAAAAGAAAAGGGUUUGCUUUUGCAGGCUAUGGUUAAAUAUAACUCUGUAAAGGUAUUUCAUCAAUGCAAAAGAUGUUCUUUCUCUUGGUU